AUGAUGUCAGGAAAUUACACCUCCAUCGAUAGCCAAAAGGUUUCAGGAUCUGUACCUGCUGUUGAUCCUCCACCCUUCCAAUUCUCAGAUUCAAAUCUUCAGACAUUUCCUCCAUCUGGAGCACAGGGCAAGAUUGGUGGUGGCUCGAGACAUCCACGUGAUGUUGAUGAUACGUUUUCAAAACCAGUGUCUGGUUCUGAUGAACCCCAGCAGCAGAGUGGUUGGUUUAAGGCUUUCUCACUUGCUUCUUACAAACCAUACUUUGAUGUUGACACUAUAGAUGUUCUAGACAGGAUUAAAGACUCACUCUAUCCAUUCAAUGGAACAUUCAAUGAAAAAACUGCUUCCCACCCUGAUUUGUAUGGACCGUUCUGGAUUUGCACCACAUUAAUAUUUGUAGCAGCAUCUAUUGGCACAUUUGUGACAUACAUAGCUCACAAACUGAAGGACCAGGAAUGGAACUAUGACAUAAAUCUGGUGACUUGGUCUGCCGGCUUGUUCUAUGGUUAUGUCACCAUUGUUCCUCUUUGUUUGUAUGUAAUCCUCAAGUACUUCUCUGUACCAUCGGGCUUUGUCCAACUACUCUGUCUCUAUGGAUAUUCCUUGUUUGUCUUUAUUCCAGCACUGUGUAUGUCUGUUGUGCCAUUGGAGAUAUUCAGAUGGAUGGUUGCUGGUGUGGCUGGGUUCAUGUCAGCAACUUUUGUGGCACUAAACCUCCGAGCACAUAUUAUGUCAGCAGGUGAAAGAUGGGUUUUGAUUGUUGCUAGCAUUUUUGUAUUGCAGUUGGCUCUAGCUGUCGCAUUAAAGGUCUGCCUCUUCACAGUAACAGUAUGAGAGGAAAGUAGUAUUAUCAUCAUUCAGCAUCAAUGAAUUGUAGAUAACGAAGAGAGAACUUUUUGCUGUUUUAAAUUUAGUUAUAUAAUUUGUAGGUGAAAUGCGGUUAUCAGAUUAAACUGUCAUUUAAUUCAUUCAUGGCGAUAUAGAGGCAAAUAAAAAUAGUUUGUACGUUGGAUAACUACAGGCAAAUGUUUGAGUCAUUUGUUAUAUUACAUGUCUAACAUGUCCUUCUUGCAAGAACCCUUUAGAGUUGACAUACGGAUACAAGCUCACCAA